UGUUUGAGAUCAUAUAUGAGGUGUAUUUACUUUAGAUUGUUGGUGCUGUAAAGAAUAAGAAUCAUGGAUUUAUUGUUAAACGUGCGUGCUUCAACCCCGGAUCGUAAAACUUAUUAUUUGUCGUACAUGGGUGAGCUUUCAAUCCACAGAGUGUAUGCAAAGUGCAUGUCGCAAUGGUUGACAUCAUAUAUGAACUAUCAAAACCACCCAACACCAUGCGCUUUUACUAUUGACCAAUCAGAGUUUGUGGUGGUGCAUGAAGAAAAGCCUUUAAUAAAAUUAGAUGAUUUGCCAUGUAAUGGACAUGUGAACAACAUGCAAUCAAAAAACACCAGUUAUACAACGCCAAGCUGCAAGUCUACAAAUGGUUUCUCGGUUUCGGACAACUUGCCACUCAGCUGCCCAUUAAAUAAUGUGGUGGAAAUUAUUCUUCCCAAUGACCUGAAUACACUUUGCGUUGGAUUUAUUGUGGAUAAUGGUUUAAAUUACCCACUGUCCUGUCACACAAUAAGAUGCGAAGACUAUAAAGAGUCACAAGACGUUGCUGAAAAUAUGAAGAAAUUGCAAUCUUGGAAUCAAACCUAUUCUGGAUGUCACCAGUCGAGCAAGAAUGUUAAACUAGAAGAUCUGGAUUCAAUCAGGUUUGAAGUUCUGUUGUUGGGAAAAAUACAAGUUAAACAGGAGUAUCCAGCUGGUAACUUCAUUGAUGAAGCUGUUGAUAAAUAUCAUUCACUUGAAGCAGAGCAUGCUGCUGCUGUGGCUGAAGCCAAGAUGAUACAAAGCAUGCUUCAGCAACAAGGCGAUGAAUCAAGAAAUGGGACAAACAGAACCGGGGAAGCUUUGUUGUCUGAUGUUUCGUCAUCAAUUGAUGGGUCACGUGAAAGUGCUGUGGAGAUAAUGCGAAAAAAUAACUCUGCGGUGUGGGAAGAUAAACAACGGAAAAGCAUAGAAGAGGAGCGACAAAGGUGUAAUUCUAUGGAUACAGCUUCUAUUGCUGCUCUCAAGCGACGGUCUAAAACUCGAGCACGUCAUUGUAGUGAACCGGGGACGGCAGCAACACUUGGAUUUGAUAAAAAUAAGACGCGUCUGUUCCAGAUUGGGAAGCAGUCAGUUUGUUUGAUUUGUCCCGAUCAAUCUGCUCGAACGGUGGAGAUCCAGUUUACCGACAUAACUCGUUGUGCACAGGGUGUGAAGUGCAAAGAUCAUUUUGGCAUUUUUGUGAAAGAUCAAAUCCACCACCAGCAUCAUCAACACCAAAUAAAAGAAGAAUUUCGAUUUAAAUGUUACCUCUUCAAAUCAUCCGACUCAUCUGUGGCAGAGGAGAUCAUUCUAGCGAUGAAACAAGCAUGCACGAUGUGCUCACACGGUCCGGAUCCACUAAAAACUUACCACUUGCUGUGUAAGAGAAUUAACCUAGCAUCAGGUGGCAGUGCAGAGCAAAUAAUUGAACGUGGCAUGACAUUAGCAGCGAAGUACAUCGCUGAUUUACCUGACCAUGAUAAGAAACAAAUUCGUUUAAAAAUUGAGGAAAAAACCAAACAACCUGAUUCCAAGUAUGACAAGUUGGUUGUAAUUAUGGCUGUAUUGCGUCAGACUUAUGAGGACAAGCAGAGUGAGCAUGACGUGAAAGUUAAACAGCUGAGGGAACAGGCAUCUGGGAAUUCUGUUACUCAGAAGUUCAACGUUUUCCGAAAUCGAGCGAAAAAGUCUUUUAGCAGCUUUGAGAGUUUGUUUGAAAAGGGAAAACAGAAGAUGCACGAGUUACAACAUGAAGCAGAAAACCACAUCGCAAGCCCAGUGGAAAAACUGAAAUUUUUUUCAGAUAGCAACCGAUCAGCACCCAACACUCCCAUCUCCAUGUCAUCCAACCAGUUUAAAGUCCGACAUCGAUCAGGAAGUCCUUCCUGCUCCGAAAUCUCCCCACUAGCAGGCAGUAGUGUGUCAAAAAACGUUUCACCCAAAUCAAACCCAUUGGGUACUCCAGAUCAAAGUUCUCUCAAUGUUCGGAGGAAACUGAAGCUCCAGGAAGAUGCAGACAUAACUCUGACACCGGGUGAAGUAAAGAGAUCAGGACAAAUGGGUUCUACAAACUCAUUACGCAGCUUGUCAUCCGAAUCUACUCCAGUUCAAUCUCGCUCUUCUUCCCCAACAUCCAUGGAGAGUCUUCCUCCAACUGCAACGGCGGAACGAUCUUUAGGAUCAGCAAAGAAGAUGACAUUUCAUCAGGAGAUCUUCCAUCGCAUCACUACUCCAUCCAAGAAGAAAGUCCCAGAUACAGAUGCAACUAGCAUUCAUAGACGGCCAUUAACCCCACUAAAGACACCAGAUGAUGUGCGCUAUGCGUGGCGUCGAGCUAUACGUGAUCACAUUGUGCUGAACAGAAUCAACAAAAUAGCUCAAACCCAACUAACCGAUGAUCAAUUAGACAUGAAGUUGAAUUAUGUUGAUGUGGGGAUUCCCCAACCUGAGAUGGACCAAGUAUGGUUGGAGUUGUUGGAAACUGAGGAGAGAGAAAAAUACAAGAUGGAUGUUUCAGUGCUACAUGCUGCUGUCAGAAAAGGUGUUUCACGUAAUCUACGAGGUCGUGUUUGGUCGUUGUUACACGAACAAUGGAAAAUUCGGAAUGUCACCAGUCGUGCAACAGCGAGCACUGCAACGCUGAACAGAACUCAUUUCUCGGACCUACUUAAAAGCCUAACACCUCAUCAUCACUCUAUUCUUAUAGAUAUCGGUCGCACUUUCCCCAACCAUCCAUACUUCAGUCAACAACUUGGAAAAGGUCAACUUGGUUUGUUUAAUCUUCUUAAAGCUUAUUCAUUGGUGGAUACGGAAGUUGGUUAUUGCCAAGGACUCAGUUUCGUGGCAGGGACAAUUCUCGUGCACUUGAACUCAACAGAGAAGUCGUUUCAAAUGUUGACGCACCUCAUGAAAAACAUGGGUUGUCGGAAUCUUUACCAACCCGACAUGACCGCCAUUCGCAUCGCUGUGUACCAGCUUUCGCGACUCCUACAUGACUACCACAGGGAAAUAAAUGAUCACUUUGAGAAGCAUGAUGUGACGUUGAUGUUGUUUGCUGCUCCGUGGUUCCUCACUAUGUUUGCCUCCAUACUUCCAUUCAGUUUCACCGCCAGGAUAUUUGAUCUCCUGUUCCUGGAAGGCCGGUGUGCCUUGUUUAAAACAGCUCUUGCCUUGCUAAGCCACCACAAAGCUGCAAUACUUGAGCAAGACAGUUUUGAAGCCAUCAUUGGUUAUCUUAAAAACAAACUUCCGAACAUGGAUGCUGUUGAAGUCAACCAAGUAUUGCAGGAGAUCUUCACAUUGGACAUUGUGGAAAAGUUGCGAGUAUACGAGGUUGAAUAUCAAGUCCUCGAUGAAGGAGAAAUCUUCAAUGAUGAACAACCACUAGAUGGAGAGGAAAAUCUGGAGCAAAAGGUUGCUCGUCUGGAGCAAAUGAAUCAGACUGUGACCAAAUAUAAUCUUGAACUUGUUGAACAAUUAGAAGCGGCGAAAAUGCAAAUCAGUAGUCUUCAACAAGGCUUGACAGACAUGGCUGAGCUUGAUGAAAAGAAAGCGGUUGAGUUGGAAGCUUUGCGCACACAAAAUGAGUUCCUUAAAUUGAAAUAUAGCCACUAGAGAUACACUACAUUUGCAUGCACUCAACUGUAUUGUGUUUUAUGCCUCCUUGAUCCCUCAGUUCACAAUCGUUUUCAUUUUUUUUCAAAUGAUAUGAUCUUUGCUUUGAAUCAUGGUUUUAACAAAUUGUUGAAGCAUCUACUUUUACCAAUUUUUACAUUUCGUGUUUUUUAGUUCACAGUUGUCAUUUCAAAGGUACACAAAUUUUUAUAGAUUAGAGCUGUCUGCUAAGCCUCACUGUUCCACUGCGAAACACGUUUUUUUUUGUUUUUAAUAUUUUUUAACUUAGUCUGUCAGAGUAUGAAAUGGUGCAUCACCUGAGUAUUAAAACCAGCCUUUUAUCAUGCUUCCAUAGAAAGCACUGCCUACGUUAGUAACACAUUUCUGCCAAGAUUUGUAUAAGUUGUCAAUGUAAAAACUAGCAUUCACCACACUUAAAUGUACAUUACCCAACAUUUGCUUAUGUAGUGUCUUGUAUAUGCACAAACAAACUCUGUCGGUUUUUAAAGGAUGCAACUUUUCCUAGAAUAUCCCACUUUGUGUUAUUUAAAAACAAUCGACCACUAAGUAUUACUUACAAAGUGCCAUUCUCCAUGCAACUCCAUUCUUUCACAUGUAGUUAUUGCUUCAUUAAAAGUAUGAUAUAUUGCCACUAAACAUUCUAAUACUGUGUAUUUGUAUCUCAGUGGUACCAUUUACAAACUUGUCAUGCUUCUUUACUGUAAACAAUUCUUUCUCUUGAUUGUUUCUCUAAAUAAAUCUUGUCCAACAUUCUAUGUAUGUAUGUAACAGCCUAAUAAAUAAACUUUUCAUCA